AGCCACUGAAACUUUUUAAGGUCCUGCGUCUAAAUUACAUAAAGGUAAUAAAGAUAAAAAAAAAUGGAAUGGUCAACUCUCCAAAAUCUACAGUCCCUCUCCGACUUGCUGUCUCUUUCAGCAGAUGAGGAAAGCGUCUCUGAAGACUGCAAGGAAGUAAAUCCGGUGGCAAAAUUGGGUCCUGGGCUUAUUGGUGCUUGUUCUUCUGCUUCUAAUCAAGAUAACAAUGCAGUCCAUAGUGCCUGUGUGAAAAACACCAAAGACAUCUGGGAUAUGGAGGAAGUGAUUAAGGGAACACACACUGAUGACUUUGAAGAUCCACGUCCUCAGCCUGAAUAUGAGAUUAUCCUGCAGCAGAGUGUGAGCACUGAGGACCUGUUUCUGGGCAUGAGCGAAAAGAAUCCAUCCUCCAUGUGCUGUGAGACCAUGCUGGUGAGGGUGAAGCUACCGAAGACUCAGGCUUCUGAUCUUUUGCUGGAUGUGAAGGAGAGAUUUAUUGAUCUAAGAACUCCAAAUUACAAACUAGCUCUGCCUCUGCCCCACUCAGUGAACAAUAGCAAAGGCACAGCUAAAUUCAAUACAGGGAGAUAUGAACUGGAAAUCACACUGCCUCUGAACAGACAUCUGGACUAGAUCAACCUUACCUGAAGAGAAGGAAUGUGGAACUCUGAAGAAAAAGAGCUUUCACAUUACCUGGCAAAGAAAGUGUUCAUAGAGCAGGAAGGCAUAUUCAGCUAUGGACUGUUGCAAAGUAUUUUAACCCUUUUGGACACU